AUGACAGAAACCCUCGCCAAUCUCUUCGCCCGCCUCUCCGGCCUCCUCCCGCAAUCCGUAUCCGACCAGGCGUCCAAGAUGUUCGUCAAGCGGCUUCUCAAGCACUUCUUCGACCGACUCGAGGAGCUCUUGGCCCAGAUGUGCUGGGCCGCGCUGGCCGGACUCUUCCAGGCUUUCUGGUUGCUGGUGUUUCAAAACGUGGCGGGGAGGGCUGCCUCCGCUGUCACUUCUUCUGCCGCUACAUCGCCCGCGCCGUCGAGCAAGAUGAGUUCUUCGCGGGCUUCUUCGACACCACCCGCUGCUGUCGCUGCUGCUCCUGCUCCUGAUGUCGAGGGACUAGAUUGCGCUUCUUCAACGGGAACGGGUUCAGUGGCGCCCACAACGCUGAGGGAUUAUGAAAAGCAUGUGGUGAAUCAAUGCUUGGACUGCGCUGCGAGGCCUGCAGAUGCGUUGGGCACUGAAGAUACGUCGGCGAGUACGCAGGAGGCGAGGAACAAGGGAAAGAUGCCAGCUAGGCCACCUUCUUCUGACAGUCGUGGCAGCGGUUACAGGGGGGACGGUGAGACGGGCAGGGGGUCUAUGAGUCCUGAAACACUGAGCAAACACCUCACCUCGGCUUUUGAUCGCGUAGUAACGGCAAGUCAGGUGAAGGAAAAGGCAAUCUUGAAGGAGAUCGGGACGAGAAUGGACCUGAUUCAAGACUUGGUGACAGCUCAUAAGCGAUUGGUGGAUAGGAGGCUGGCGUUUGAGGGUGAUUCCAGCAGCCUCAAACGGAGCAGGAAGUUCGAAAAUUUGAGGGAGUUACGGGAUGAGGCGCGCCGCAGGGGCAUGGGCGAGGAGUCAGUAGUGGAGGGUGGAAGUACAGCCCCCUCUCGCAGCGAUGGCUAG